AUGACGAUGUCCCGCCUCUCCUGCUGUGCUCGCCGCCAACCGCCUGCCCCGCUGCUCCGGCCGCUCGGCCCGCCGCACCCGUCGCUCUGCCCGCCGUUCGCCGCCAACGGCCUACCCCGUCGCCCGGUCCGCCGCACCCGUCGCUUUGCCCGCCGUUCGCCGCCAACGGCCUACCCCGUCGCCCGGCCUGCCGCACCCGCUGGUAGUUCCCUGCCGCUCGCCGCCAACCGCUUGUCCCGUUCCUCCGGCCGCUCGGCCCGCCGCACCCAUUGCUCUGCCCCGCCGCUCAUCACGAACUGCCUACCCCGUCGCCCGCCCCCCGCACCCGUCGACAGUUUUCUGCCGUUCGCCGCCAACCGCCUGCCGCCGCUCAGCACCAACCGCAUGCCCUGCCGCUCGACCUGUCGCAAUCGCCCCUCGACCCCACCACUCCCGCCGCCACUUCUCUCUGCCAACCACAUUCCCUCGACGCAAGCGGGUAGAAAUUGGCUGCCUCCGGUUUGCAGCUCGCUAGGGAACAAGGACGACUGCGCACGGCGAAUGCAAUGGCGAUGCCACGGUGACCAUAGAGGCCGCACAUGCCAUGUUCCAUUGCUUGCGGUAGGAAGCCAUGGCGCAGGCAGAGAAGCCACCCGUCGAGGAAGUGACCAGAGGAGGCGGCUCCAACUGCAAUACUCAAGAUGUGAUCCCUCCGUGAGCAUUCAGUCCAAGGAUACCAUGCGUAUCUAAUCCAGCAGAAGAAGAAGCAGCUUUAUGAUGUCAUUACUACGGCCGAGGUCAAAUCUGUGGUUUUCGGGCGUGACACAUAUGUGUUAAACGCUUUGUGUACACAAGUCAAUGUGGGUAUUGAUUUUUUUCGAUGGUGUACCAUAUGAAAGAACCCUUGACUGUUGAUGAUUCUACAACUU